CUCAAUAGUUUGAGAAAAAAGUUGAAUGUCAGAAAGAGUAGUGUCCAAUGUGGCGUCCAAAAUAACAUGAAGCACAGUUGGCCUUCUCCAUUUAUGGGAGCUUCUCUUGUGGGGAAGUGUGGCUGCGUCUUCUUCCCGGCCGCGUCGGUUGCUGCGUCGAAAUGGUUCGUCUCUUUUCGUACCUGACAAUCGACGCACGACGCCAAAGCACAUAGAACAGAAGCCGAGCCCCUGGCCGGAAUUCUACGGGCCGGUCUCCCCGUCGGUAAUGAAACCGCGUUAACCCGGCCAGUAGACACUCACGUCACGUAGUAGUUGACUUGACUAUAGGGUCUUUGGCAUGAAGUUUAGUUUGUUGUCAGUAACAAACGCGCGUAAACUGCUUUCACUACAUCACUAACUACAAUUCAAUGUUUUUUUUUUUUUUCUAUUACAAUGGAUCUGCAGCAGUAGUAGUAUGCUGCCAUAUAAAUACGACAGCCGAUCAUUGGAAUCAUCUUAGUAUUAGAAAAAUAUCCCCGCAAGACUGAAAGACCCAUAAAGAUUAAUUAUUUGAGUUAAUCAGCCGAAUUUAGUCUAAUUAAAAAAAGUUCAAAAUUCCAACUCAUUGAUCUUAAUUUCCAAUUUUGUAAUAUGUAACAUUCGUCCCGCGUUACACCCUCGUACAAAAAACAAAGUUUGGAUUUGUCAUUAAUCCUAUUUCCUGAGCCAAAAUUCCAAUCCAAAAAAACGUCCCUGUAAUCUGGGGGCCACUCCCAGCUAUUAACCCUUUAUACCACCUAGCUAGUAAGGUUGUCAACCCGCGGAUCGACCCGGGUUGGCCCGGAUUCAUUCCUGAAAACGGGUUAGAACAGUCCAUUUAUGGGUUAGUCCGGAAAUUGUCAAAUUCGAAAAAAUAUGGUCAAACCCGGAAAAACUCGGGCGGUUGGCCCAUCCGAGCUGGUCAGCGAGCUCUCGUUCCUAAGUGUCGUUGAAUUUUUAUUAUGUUGAAUUUAAGUUGAUGUUCUUUAAGUGUGUUGGAGUUUAAGUAGUGUUGUAUUUUUUCUAUGUUGCAUUCAAGAUAAGUAUAAUAUAAUUACUUUUUCAUAUUUCCGAGUUAAACCGCAUUAAAUAGGGUUAAAACGGGUGAUCCAUUAACUCUUGACUCACUAGCUCGAUCAGGUCUAGAAUCUAGAUCAGGGUUGUCACGCCGGCCGGCGUGCCACCGGUUUUACCUGGUUCAACCUGUACCGGUCAUAAAACCGGCGUGACAUCACCGGUAUGACCGGCAUGAUCAAUAUACGAAUCUUUAAGUAAAAUAACAUUAUUUUAGUGACUUUAAUUGUUAAAAAUUAUUUUAUUAUUUAUUUUAUGAGUAUAAAUGUUAAAUUUUGGUGUUAUUUGUUGGAAUCAAGUAUAAAUGUUUAGGUAUUGACGUUAAAUGUCAUGUUUAAAAUGAGUAUUUAUAAUUUUAUUUGUAAUAUUGACCGGCAUGAACCGGCACAAACCGGUAUGUGCCACCGGUCGAACCAUUCCACUUGCUAAACAGGCACACUAGCAUAAACCGGUUUGACAACCUUGAUCUAGAUCGACCGACGGAUUGACAACCUUGCUGGCUGGCAUCACUCCUCUCUCCUGCCUUCUCGGGCUUAUAUAUAUAGAUGUUCAUGCUGCCGUAGUAACAUUCAGGAAAAAAAGAAAGAGUUAAUUAGAGAGAUUAAGAAGAGAGAGAAAUAUAUUCAUUCUCUCGCCCAAGAAAAAGGAAAGAAAUGUACUUCCCAAGAGAAACAUCAAUCUCUUUUAAAGCAUUCGGCUCUUCCCUCUCCUCCCUCUUCUCCAAACUAAGCUCCCGGAGAAUCCUCUUCACCUCCGACGAAAACAACAAGCAGCAGGCCGCUGCCGCCGAGUCGUCGUCGUUGCUGGGACACGACCCGGCGGAAUCAUGUGAAGCCAGAGCCGCCCGGACCAAAUCCAUAGUCAGGUCGCUCUACAAGGCCCUAGCCCAUGCGGCGUCGUUUCUGCCCGAGGAGUGCCAGCAGGUCAUCGCCAGCGACCUGGAGUGGUGGUUCCACGGCCCACCGGGGUGCGACUACAUGAUGCGGAUGCUGACGGGGCAGCUGGCGGCCACGUCGGACCAAUCCUCGUCUACGAAUUUCCGGUUCGAGCCACGUAGCGUCGAGGCGAUCGGGGACUGCGUGAUCGCGGAAGGAUGGGAAGGCGAGGUGUACUGGGUGCACGUGUGGACGCUGAGGGAGGAUCAUGGCCUGCUCGUCAUCACUCAGUUCAGGGAGUAUUUCAACACGUGGCUCACCGUCAAGGACGUUACCGGUCGGCCACCGGUGACCGCCGGUCAUGGACAUCGGCGUACGCCGUCGCCGGAGAGGGAGAGGGAGAGGCUGACGCUGUGGAGGAGCCGGCCGGCUGAUCUUUACAAGCGGUCUCUGCCUGGCCUUGUUCUCGCCAUCUGAUUAUCAAUUCGGCGGCUGCUCCACAUGUGUUUACAUUAUUUUAUUUCCUUGUUUUUUGAACUCUAAUUAAGUGUACGUAUUUUUUUAUUAUUUCCAUAUUGGGUUACCUGUUUUCAUCUUUUUCUUCGCUGCCAGUUAAUUAAUGUGUAAUAGGUGAAAUGUGUUUGCUCUAUUCAUUUUCAUGAAGUGUGAUUAUAUGAAGGUCGGAGACGAGUGGAUUCUUCCCGUGGCGGUUGGUAUUCAAGUUUCAACCAGCUAAGCCGAAAGAAUCCGCCUUUUGCUGGGCUUUGCCCCAGUUUAGCUUUUGGCAUUUUUGAAUUGUGGUUAAAUAAUAUUCCAAUUAUUAAUUGUAAGACUCUAGUAACCUAACCCAAGUUUGUUACUUAAGUUGAGCUAAAUUGGAUACAGAGCAGCUCAGCGAAGAAGACAAUGAAGGUAGAAAGAAUUUCAAGUUGAUCUUCCUUCGGUCAAUACUAUCGUGCCGCUAUAAAAGUGCGGUACCGAUGACGCAGUUUUUAAUUCGUCCACGUGGACUGAUGUGGUACUGAUUGGAUUAUUAAAUCCAACCCAAUUUUGGUGUCUGAUUUGAAGUGACUCAAACCACCUCUCCCACAUUAACGGAGAACCCCUUCGCCGUCCAACGUUUGAUUCUUUUUCAUUUAUUAAAUGAAAUUUUGAUUGAGCUACUUAGUUUUGUUCUACGUCCAACGUUUUGUUUCCUUCCUCGCCCGUUCGAUCAUCAGUUCAUCACCAAGAUAUGCCGUCCAUGAUGAAUUGUCAGGAAGCUAGACCUAAUCCGGGACCAAAAAGAGACUAAUUAUUGUCCUAGUUUCUCAAAAAACAAACCAAUUGAAUUACCAGAAUCCUUCGGAUUUGUUAGGCAAUGUCUCUAGGCAACAUAGAACUUCGAAUUCCGCUUCGUCAACAGGAAGGGUGCAGAGCGAGGGGACAACGCAGACCACUUAGACAGAGACAAAGGGCCUCCCGCUACUAGGGAUUCGUUGUUUUUUUGCACGCGAUGAAUGGAGGAGGGGGGAUACGACGAAGGAGUUUAGUGUAGGGUAUGGAGUCCUGACAAGAGAAGGUGGAGGUCGCUAGAGCAGUUUGGUGUUCUCACAGAAUUCUCGCCGUAGCAGUUUGGACUGAGAGCUCGACGAAGACGCUCCUUGGAUUUUCUUUACGUUCAUUUUUUUGUUUCAUGAUAAAACUAAAAUGCAGUUAAAAUUAAAUCAAUUUAAAAUUAAUUAAUAGAAAGGAAAUCAAAUAGAAAACGACGGUGGGAAACAUAAGUAAUUCCGUCUGCUGGAUAGGAUUUCGGUUUGGACAAUUCUGAAUUGUGAAGGGUCAUGGGUUCAAAAUAAAUAAACCAGGCCCGCCACAGCACUUCCAUGUGUCCCAAUCAUAUUCAGCGUCACUGGUGUCGCAUUCUUUACUGUGGCACCUUAGUAUUGGCAUUUUCCUUCUGGUCAAGUCCUUGGGCCUCACUUAUACUACGACCCAUAAUGUUACUUACAACUCCAAACCAGUCCAUGUCUUCCGAGCCCACAGACUUCAAAUAAAGGCCAAUACUACUG